UCUGCAAUGGAGCGGAGCGUCCUGGGGUUCGCGGCUCUGGUGCUGCUGGCCCUGCUCGGCCCGGGGGACGCUGCCGAUCAGCCGCCGAAGGUCGAAGUCUACGCCCGUACACGCACCGAGGAGGGACAGGCGAACAUCCUCCACUGCUUCAUCACUGGAUUUCACCCACCCAAGAUCAAGGUGGAACUCCUGAAGAACGGCGAGCCCAUGACCGGCGUCCAGUAUGGGGACUUGUCCUUCAACGAGAAGUGGCAGUUCCAGCGCCUGGUCUACGUGCCCUUCACCCCUACGAGGGGUGACAUCUUUGCUUGCAGGGUGGAGCAUUCCACCAUGCCGGAGCCGAGGAUCUACCGAUGGGAACCAGACUUCUGAGCUGUGUCUGGGGUAAUCCAUGGUCUGAAAAAUUCUUCUUGCAAAUCAAAGUCUUCUCAAACUUGUGUCCAGUCUUCAUCAUAACCACAAGAGUGAUUAUCUUGCUUCAAGGAAUUCUUUAAUAAUGCUUGUCAAAAUAUCUUUUGCAUGAAGCAAAAAGGGAGCUCUGGAGGCUUUUUGAACAUGUAGCUAUAAAUGCCUACAUUGCUGCUUAAAAACAAUUUUAGCUCUAAAGUGCUCAAAAUUGAACAGGAUUUUUAUCUUAAUAAAAUUGUAGCCAUUUAAAUGUUUUUUUUCAGAAUCAUUGGACAACCUGAGCUAAUUUCAAGGGCUCCAGUGGCCACUGGGUUGUGAGUGAAUCUGGAGCCUGGUGGCCUUGGUGCUCAGUUGUGCUUUUUUAUCCUACUGAGAAGGUGUAAAAACACUUUUCCAUCAAUAGAAAAAAAGAAUUAAAGAUUUUUUUGGUUAAUGUGGUA